AAGCUCUUGACUACCACUCAUCCCAUUCCCACCUUCCGGCGUCCUUCAUCGCUGUUCGCUCGUAACAAUCAGUUGACACAGUGUAGACAUCCUCCAGGAAGCCAUUUGUGCCCUGCUUGCCCCUUCCUUUGCAUCACAUCGCGACACGCUCUUCGCAGGAAAACGCCGCACAUCGAGUCGAGCCCGCUGUGCUGUAUCCUGGGCUGUCACGAUGUCCGAAUCUGCCCCCAAUCCGGGUUUGCAUCCGGUCAGCUCCACUGCGGCUGCUCGUGAGCCACUCAGCGGUCUGGUGGACUCCACUGCCAACCUGAAAGUGUCCGACAAAGAGGAUGCAGGCGCUGCAGCUGCAGAUUCAGCUUCCAAGUCCAGUGCCCCAGCGGGUGCGAACAAGAAGGCCUCCAAAGCUGCCAAAAAGUCGGCCGCAAACGACGCAGCGGGAGCGCAAAAGCAUCCUUUGGAAUUCACUCCCAAACCUGCAUUCUUCGAUGCGAGGUUGGAGAUUUUUGAAAAGCUGCAAAAGGAACAGGAGGAGGAGCGGGCGAAGAAGGAAAGGGCGCCCAUCAAGAUCACCAUGCCGGAUGGAAGCGAGAGGGAUGCCACCAGCUGGGAGACCACACCCAUGGAUAUCGCCAAGGCCAUCAGCAAGAGCUUGAGCGAUAGAAUCGUCAUCUCAAAGGUCAAUGAUCAGCUGUGGGACCUCGAGCGUCCCUUCGAAGGUCCCGCCAAGCUCGAGCUGUUCGACUUUGAGACGCCCGAGGGCAAGCGCGUCUUUUGGCACAGCAGCGCGCACGUUCUAGGAGAAGCAGCAGAGCGUCACUACGGGUGUCACUUGUGCAUUGGACCUCCCACCGACGAAGGCUUCUACUACGAGAUGGGAAUGGGCGACAGUCAAGAUCGCACUGUCCGCACAGAAGAUUUUGGUGCGCUUGAGACGCUCAUCCAGAGCGCCAUCAAGGACAAGCAAAAAUUUGAAAGGGUCAUUGUCACAAAGGAGCAGCUUUUGGAAAUGUUCAAGUACAACAAGUACAAGCAGUACAUCAUCAACACCAAAAUCCAAGAUGGAACGAGCACUACAGUGUACAGGUGCGGACCUAUGGUGGACCUAUGUGUCGGCCCACACGUGCCUCAUACGGGUCGCAUCAAGGCCAUGGCCAUCUUGAAAAACUCUGCUUCUUAUUUCCUGGGUGAUCAAGCCAACGACUCGCUUCAGCGGAUGUACGGAAUUUCGUUUCCCGACAAGAAGCAAAUGACUGAGUACAAGCAGUUCUUGGCUGAGGCCGAAAAGCGAGACCACAGGAAGAUUGGCAAAGCUCAAGAGCUGUUUCUCUUCAACGAGAUGAGUCCUGGCAGUUGUUUCUGGCUGCCCCACGGAGCUCGGAUCUACAAUACUCUGCUCGAAUUUAUGAAGGGCGAAUACCGAAAGAGAGGCUUCGACGAGGUCAUCAGCCCCAACAUGUUCAGCUCAAAGCUUUGGACCACCUCGGGCCAUUGGCAGAACUACAAGGAUGAUAUGUUCGUCCUGCCAGUAGACAAGGAACAAUUUGGACUGAAGCCCAUGAAUUGCCCAGGACACGCGCUCAUGUUUGCCGCCCGUGACAGAUCCUACAAGGAUCUGCCUUUGAGGUUUGCAGAAUUUGGCGUCAUCCAUCGGAACGAGGCGAGCGGUGCUCUGUCUGGUCUCACGCGCGUGAGAAGAUUUGUGCAGGACGAUGCCCACAUCUUUUGCAUGGCGAAUCAGAUCGAAGACGAGGUGACGAGCUGCUUCGAGUUCAUGAACGACGUGUACGGCAAGUUUGGCUUCCAAUUCAAACUGGAAUUGUCGACCAGGCCGGAGAACUUCUUGGGAGACAUCGAGACUUGGAAUGAGGCUGAGAAACGUCUUCAGAAUGCGCUAGACAAGUUCGUGCCGGGCAAAUGGGAGCUAAAUCCUGGUGAUGGCGCAUUCUAUGGACCCAAGAUCGACAUUACCAUCUCGGACGCUAUGCGACGCCAAUUCCAGUGCGCCACGAUCCAGCUUGACUUCCAGCUGCCUCAGAGAUUUGGCCUGCAAUUCAGGUCUAACAAGGUCUCGGCGGAUGGAAGUGAUCACGAGAGGCCGGUCAUGAUCCACCGAGCGAUUCUCGGCUCUCUCGAAAGAUUCAUCGCCAUCCUCACCGAGCAUUUCGCCGGCAAAUGGCCUCUUUGGCUCUCCCCCCGUCAGGUCAUGGUCGUCCCCGUCACUCAAUCCGUGUACGGAUAUGCCGAGAGCAUCAAGUCCAAGCUCUGGGACCUUGGCUUCUUCACCGAUGUGGACCUCACUGCCGAGACCUUGCCAAAGAAGAUCCGCACGGCAGAAAUCGCUCAAUAUAACUUUAUUCUCGUCGUUGGGCACAGCGAGAUGGAGACGAACAGCGUCAACGUUAGAAACGGGCGAGAGGGGGGCAAAGGUAGAGAUGAGAUCAUCCCGCUCGAGGAUGUCUGUCAGAGAUUGCUCAAGCUCAAGAAUGAGCGGUCCCUCGAGAAUAACCUCUGAAAUCGUCAAAGCGUGGGCAAUGCGCGCACUUCCAUGCAAUGCUUUCAUCGUCAAAAUUGCAUGCAAUAGCUCGAGACU